GAAAUUUUAUAGGUUGCCCUGAUGUUGUAUGCUGUUGAAAAUGGUAAAGUCAAUGAGUGGAAGGGAAGGCAGAUGAAGGACAUAGUAGUAGAAGAUUUACCUCUUCCAAUUGAAGACGAAGAUGGCCAUCAAGAAGAGUCCAUGUCAACUGCUGACAGUGAAGAGCCAGGCAGUCUGACCCAUGAUAGGAGGGAGCCAAGUGAAGAGCCAGCCAGUCUGACCCAUGAUAGGAGGGAGCCAAGUGAAGAGCCAGCCAGUCUGACCCAUGAGUCCAUGUCAACUGCUGCCAGUGAAGGGCCAGCCAGUCUGACCCAUGAUGAAAUGAGGCAGCCAAAUCCUCAAGGGACAGGGACAAGAAAAGGAAUGAAACGAAAGUGGGCCAGCGAAGAGAACAUAUGUUUCAUGAACUUUUUUAGAGAUGAAUUAAGAGAAAAAUAAUGCCAUCUGGCUCAAAAAUAAUGGGGUCCCUAAAAAUACUUACCGGAAGAACAGUGGCCCAGAUAAGGGCAAGGGUCCAUAACAUUAUUAUGAAAAAACAAAAAUGGAAAAAGAAUUGUUGAACUGUGGAAUAUGUUUAUGCCCCUGGUAGGGUGGCAUAUAGCAGUUGAACUGUCCGUCAGUCAGUCAGUCUGUCCAUCUGGCCGAAAACUUAUAUGGCCAUAACUUUUUCAAUAUUGAACAUAGCAACUUGAUAUUUAUACCCCUAUUACAAUUGGUAAUGGGGGCUAUAUAGGAGUCACGUUUGUCGGUCUGUCCCGAUAUUUCAUCCGAUCUUCACCAAACUUGGUCAGUAGUUGUAUGUAGAUAAUGUCUAGGUCAGUUUGAAUAUGGGUCAUGCCAGGUCAAAAACUAGGUCAUGGGGUCACUUAGUAUGUUUUAAACUGUAAGUUUGUACGGACCAUAGCUAUGUCAUUUAUUGUUACAUUUUUAAAUGACUCGGUACAUUUGUUCACCAUCAUGGAACGGUGUGUCGCGUUAAAAAAAAUUACGUCAAUAUCUCAAAGGUCAAGGUCACACUUGGGAGUUCAAAGGUCAAAUGCUUGUCCGGGCCAUAGCUUUGUUUUUUAUUGUGAGAUUUUAAAAUCAUUUGGCACAUUUGUUCACCAUCAUUGAACAGUGUGUCGGGCGAAAGAAUUACGUCGAUAUUUCCAAGAACAAGGGCACAAUUUGAGUUUAAAGGUAAAAAAUGGCCAUAAUUGAGCUUGUCUGGGCAAUAACUAUGUUGUUUAUUGUGCGAUUUUAAAAUCGUUGGCUCUUUUGUUCACCAUCAUUUGACGGUGUGUCGCGCGAAAGAAUUAUGUCGAUAUCUCCAAGGUCAAGUUCGUAGUUUUAGUUCAAAGGUCAAAAAUGGCAAUAAAUUAUCUUGUCUGGGCCAUAAAUAUGUCAUUCAUUGUAAGAUUUUAAAAUGACUGUACAUCAAUUUUGUUCAAAGUCAUUGGAAGGCUUGUCAUGUGAAAGAAUUCAAGAGUUCAAAGGUCAAAAUGGCUAUAAAUGAUAAUGGCAUAAUGAUUCUUAAAAAAUCGCCAUAAAUUGUAUUAUCUUGUUUUGUGAAGACAGCAUACAAAAUAAUCAAUCAAUCAAUGCGGUAUGUGGGGGUAACAGACAAAGCUCCAGUUGGCAUGCAUGUGCAUCUUGUGAAGCUGCACAUAUUGAGUGGUGAAAAGUGAAGGUCAAGGUAAUUCUUCAAGGUUAAAUGUUAAAUAUAUUGCUUUUGUCCGUCCGUCUGAAAACUUUAAAAUUGUGCCAUAACUUUUGAGCUCACCUGAGUGCAACAUGCUCAUGGUGAGCUUUUGUGAUUGCCUUUUGUGCGUUGUAUGUCGUCAACAUUUUGCCUUGUGAACACUCUAGAUUCCACAUUUAUUGUCUGAUCUUCAUGAAAUUUUGCAGAACAUUUGUCACAUUGAUACCUCGACUGAGUUCGAAACUGGGUCAUGCUGGGUCAAAAAUUAGGUCACUAGGUAAAAAAAACAACAAAAAAACUUGUGAACACUGUACAAGUCCAAUCUUCAUGUAACUUUGUCAAAAUGUUUGUCUAAAUGAUAUUUUGGUUGAGUUAAAAAUUGGUUCCGGUCCGUUGAAAAACAUGGCCGCCAGGGGCGGGGCAGUAAAAAAAUUUCCUUAUAUGGCUAUAGAGAAACCUUGUGAACACUUUAGAAGUCAAAAUGUUUGCCUUAUCAUCAUGAAACUUAAUCAAAACAUUGGUUUUAUUUAUAUUUUGGACGAGUUCGAAAAUGGUCCAGAUCAGUGAAAAAACAUGGCCGCCAAGGGGCGGGGGAGUUUUUCUUAUAUGUCUUUAGUUAAACAUUGCUAACACUCUAGAGGCCACAUUUAUUGUCCAUUCUUCAUGAAAUUUGGUCAGAAGUUUGGUCUCAAUGAUAUCUUAGACGAGCUGAAAUGGUUACGUUUGCUUGAAAAACAUGGCUGCCAAAGGGCGGGGCAUUUUUCCUUAUAUGGCUAUAGUAAAACGUUGUGAACACUCUAGAGGCCACAUUUAUUGUCCAAUCUUCAUGAAAUUUGGUCAGAAUAUUUGUCUCAUUAAUAUCUUGGAUGGGUUUG